GGCUCACGAAUUCUCGCACGCUGCAUCAGCUGAUGGAUCGCAAGCCUUGAAGUACAGAUGCGAGGUCGCUGCCUGUCCAAAGUUUACCUUUCCUGGAGGCUUUUGGAUGUUAGGUAUUACUGAACACCCAGUCUUUGCAAGUUAGUUAGCUAGCUGAAAAGUAUGGCUAGCCAAGGAGAUAGUAGGGCCUCCACUCCUGAUGCUGACCAGCCGGAGGCAGAUAAUGAGAUGGAAACUGAAGAAGCCCAGGAAAAAGGUGAGAGUGGUGGUAAGGACCUUCCUCCCAUGCCUAGUCCAGUUGAGAGAGGAGUUAUGAUACUCAGAAGAGCCAAGUCUGACACAGAAAAAUUUGCUGCUCUUUUGAUGGUAACAAAGCUGAUAAAAGCAGAGGAGUUGGAUGAAGCCGCAAAAGAUCAGUUAAUGGGUGCCAUUGGGUUACCAUUCCUUGCACGUUUGCUUAGAACAAAUGAGGUUCCUGAGGGAUGCCCUCCAUUUAUGUUUAAAUCUGUUGCAUUAACUGUGCUUACCUGCUUUAUUUCCUCAUGUUCCGGAAACCCUUCAUUGUAUGGGUUAAUACCAGUUUUGAGUGAGAUCAUAGCUAAACCAGAACUUUAUGAUGGAGAUCUCACAUUAGUGAAGGAUUCCUAUGAAUGUUUGAAGAGCAUUGCUCUUGAGAGGAGUGGAAGGAAAGCUAUAAUAGAUUUUGAAACUGUUGGAUGCCUUGUAGAUGCCUUUGUCCAGGAAGGAUAUAGUCAUGAAGAAGCCCUUCAUAUUCUCCUCCUUGUUGUUCAGGAAGAGGGUGCAAGAACUUGGGAGGAUGAACCUGAGGCAUUCACAAAAUUGAUGGACCACUUGACGAAGGACUUUGCUUUUGAACAAGAUGAAAGGAAAUUUAAGAUUUGUGAAUACAUGACAGAACUGUUACAAAGUCUACCUUUUAUGUCAAGUGAUGUUGAGCAACCACCUUGGAUGACUUAUUUGCAUAAAGGUCUUUCUGAUAUAAUACUGAGCAAGUUAGGGCGAGAGCAACGUGACAGAGGGUUAAGGCUAGCAGGGGCAGCCCUAGAGGGCUUAGGUGUUGUUUGGGUGCUUCACACUCAAAGUGAACCGGCAAAGGAAGGGAAAGGUCGACAGUUGUUGCUGAUGAUGGUUCAUUUAGCUUGCAUUGAAGUGCGCAUGAGUCUUGAAGAUAAAACUUUUCAAGAAGUUGUUGCCUUAGCCUCGCCUACAACAGCCUGUUACACUAUUUUAGAGUUGGCAAUUAAUUUUCUGGUCAGCGGAGCUGUUGACUUUGAGCAAAAGCAGAAACAGCAGUUGUAUGCUGCCUUGAAAGGGGCUUUCACAGCAGUUUUAACUUUUUUAAAAACUGCUUCAGCUGAUGAAGCAUUUUUUGAAAAUCAUAAAAAUCACUUAUUUGUUUGUGCAACUAUAAGGGUUUUGGGAGCAUGGUUGGCUGAAGAAACUGCUGCAAACAAAGAUGAAGUGUAUGAAACUAUUCCAUUUAUUAUCAAGACUUGCUGGUACAACUUUGACCAAAACAAUAAAAAAAUGCAGACAAAGGCUAAAAAGAAGAGUCAAUUGAAACGUCAGGCCAAGGAGGACACUAGAGAAAAGCUCCCUGAUAUAUUUAGGUUUUUGCUUCCUGGGCUGUGUCAUCUUACGGCAGAAGACACCCCUCGAUAUAUUUUAUUAGAGUUAGAGUUAGAAAAUCUUCUUUAUGAAUACUUAAAUUAUCAUUGGACAAGUGUGAAAUCUGUAUUUGGACCUCAGAGCAAAGGAGAAGAACCAGAAAUACCAGCAAAAAAAGUUUAUUCAGCUGCAGAGGCCAUGGAAACUCUGAGCAACAUAUUUAUGAACAUAGUAGUGCAAGAACCAGAAAGAGUAAAGACUGAUCCUUUCUAUUACUCAGUAUUGAAAUUCAUAUGUACAAAGGUGCCAGAUAUACCACAAGAAGAUCAGCACCUAAGGCUGAGUGGAAAUUUAUCUGUUCUGGGGUUGAUGAUUUUGCGUCACCAACAUCCAAAUGUAAAGAGUUCAGAUUUUACCAUAUACCGAUUUGUGCAAACCACUGUCCGUUUUCUGUGGGAUGCUCAUAAUAUUGAAGAAAGUCGGGAUUAUGCAUCUUUUGUUGUGUCAUCAAAAUAUGAAUUUCAUUGGGGAAGCCUAAUGGAUUUGUGGUUCUUAGGAAUGCAUACGUUAAGUCUUUUACUUCCAGAAAUUCCUUGGCUCUGUGAUUUCUUAAUAGAAAGUGAAUGGCCACAGACUAUCAUAGUAACAUUACUUUCAGUGCGUGAGGGUGGUAUGGACCCAGGUCUCAAAAGUGCAUUUGAAGAUUUUCUUUGCUUACUAGCUAAGUCAUCCAAGCGUGCAUAUGCUCGUUUACAAGAGAAAGGUGUGGAACAAGUCUGUCGGAACCAUAAAAUGGAAGAUUUAUCCAAGGUGUUUCACUUGAAAGUUACUAAACCAGGGCAGCUUGAAGUUGUAGACAACGUUCCUAAUAGUGGAAAGGCUGCUGCUUUUGGCAAAAGUGGUGAACAUAGUAUUGGUUCUUCCAUUCAUUUUGGGGAAAGACAUUGUUUUGGUGGAUCAACUGAUCUGAAAAGGAAAAGUUCUGUCUUUGGAGCUGUCAUUACAUUGGAAAGUAAUGUAGCUUCGUGGCUGGAAAACCAAGGCUUGUCAGGAGAAGACAGCAAGAAAAUUACCAGUGAAUUCCUCCAUAAAUUCCGGGAGGCUCCAGCUCCAGAUUAUGAAACGGAUCUCGAUGGCUUAGACAAAUGGAGGAUUAAUAUUUGGUUGCUUGUCCUACCAGAGGAAAACCAUGAUCUACUGGAUGACGUCUAUUCUUUGUGGAAAUCGGAGAGGUUUAGCCAGCUCUCUUUGAAUCCUGAUGUUACGAGUUUAUUAGACGAGUUAUCGACCGACUUCAACCUGGGGCUUAUAACCAAUGGACCUUCUGUGGCGCAGUGGGAGAAGAUAAAUGAACUGGGAUGCAAGAAAUACUUCGAUAGCAUCAUAGUCAGUGGAGAUCUAGAAAUUGAAAAGCCAGAUAGGGAGAUCUAUUACAUGGCCUGUGAAGAACUAGAGGUUAAGCCAUCUGAGUGCAUCAUGGUCGGGGAUAAAAUCAGUACGGACAUCCUGGGAGGCAUCAACGCCAAGGUUGGAGUGACGAUUUGGAUCAACCCCUCUGACGAAGGUCCUGGAGACUCUGUCAUGCCUGAUUUCAUCGUCAAAGAUGUGACCGAAAUCCUUAACAUUCUUCCGCAGCUUCCAACGGUCUUACAGACAGAGAGCUGAGAAAUACUUAGUUUGUUACCGAGGCUUGUAGGAUAUUCAGCUAGUGAAGGGGUUCACAACCUGGGAAUUCACUGGAGGGCUUCUAUGAAAUUUAUCUUAGUGACUUCAGUUUCUUGUGUGGUGUUAUAACUUUGGUGAUUGUUUUAGUAGCUUAUGUGAUAUUAGUCAUUUAGGGAAGGGGUGUUCAUCCUGGGGUUUCCCAAGUGACUUCAGUUUCGUUCCAUUGAAGUAUCUGGCAUACAUUGAUUUUGUUUGAGAUUAUGAUUAAAUGUGUUAAGUUAAUUAGUCCCUCAAAUAAUUGUUGAAUAUUGCUACUAAUUUGCUACCAAUUAUUGUAAAAUUAUGUUGGUCAAUGGUCUUAUAAUUUGUUUAACUUUGAGGUACUUGGUUAACUAGAAGUUACAUACUAAGUUUUACUUGGGGUACUCAACAGGCACUCAGUAGGAAAGUGAUUGAGAACUUCUGAAUUAGGUUUAUGAUGAGUGAACGAUAGACCAGGAUAGUUUGUGUGUUGCCACAAAUCUCUUAAAGAUAUAUAGAGAACUAUAUUAGGGUGCCAAAUGUAAUCUCCGAAAGGCAGGUGCCAGAGUGUCCAAGAGUUUGUAAUAUGCAAGCUAUAUUUUUAUUACUUUGGUGUGUUAAGACUUCCUGUAGUUACUAUAGCUUGACUGAAAGCUUUAGAAAUUUGAAACUGACGAGUAAUUUUUUAAAAUUUAGUAGUGCUGGGUAUUUCAUUAUUUAAACUCUGUGAUUUUGUCCAGAAAAGGAUUUUAUCGAUGUUAUGACUUUCCCCCCCGGUCAGAGGUCAAGCGGCGGAGGUUAGGGACUGGAUCUGAAAGGUAUUCCAGAAAGUAAUGUGCCCUCCAAACACGAUUGUCAAACCUCAUAGCUUUAAAACAAAAUGUAUUUGGAACUUGAAAAACUUCAACCUGCUGUCUACAGACAUCGGAGGUGACGGUGGGGUCAUCACAAUAGCUCUCCGGGCAUUCAUUCCGGUAAGCUGAAAAAGACUAUGAAACAUGGGAAGAAAGAUGAUGGUGCUUAACUCCGAAAAAAGUGAGUCGCAGUUUAGAAGAAAUGGUAAGUUACGAGUCAGCAACACGGCAGCAAGGGGGAUGUUCAAUGUUUGGCAGAAAAGAGAAAUAAAUUUUGUUCUUUCUGAUUACGUCUGUGAGUGAGUUGCUCAACAUGAGUCAGGUAACGUCACACUUAUUUUUAAUGGUGAUGGAGCAAAUAAAUACAGUUCCCUUUAUUAUUCUUUGAAAUGAGCAUUCGGUGAUUAUUUGAUUGGAGGCUACAAAAUAAGUUACGUUGUUUCCUUACACUUUUGUUGUUAUUGUUCUCUUCUUAUUCCCGCCUUUAGCACCUUUACAAGAAUUGCCCAUUCUCCAUUUAGCGGUUGUGGUAUGCGCUCUAUUUUGCGAAAUGAAACUGCUGUAUUCAUUAAUCAUUUUAAAAACUUUUUAUGCCAGGAUUCAAGGGAAAACGGAUGACAAAAUGUUCUAAAAUACUUUGGAUCAAUUGCGAGUGAUGCGUUUGUCAAAUGCGGGCAACAUUUCAGUUAUUGAAAAAGGGGAGAUCUAUUAUUACUCAGUGAAUGAUGUGUUAGUUACAUGCAGCAAGUUUUUAAUACUUUGAGGUGUAUUGUGAAACUAGCUUUUUUUUCCUUUUUAUAAGGCGGAGCUUGUUAUGGUCAGCCACACCACCAACGUGUCUCUGUAAUUGAAGAGAAAUCUUUGCCUUUCAUUACUGAAAGGUAAUGCCAGUCAGUUUUUUUAGUAUUUAAAUCAUAGUGAAAUGUUACAGACUUUUCUUUAUGCAUCAGCCAUUGCUUAAACGGUGUAGAAUAUUUUGAAGAUCUUUCUUUUCAUUACUAACCACUUCCGAAAAUGUCCAUGACACAUCACAGUACAAUCCACUUUUAAAAAUGUUCUUAUUGUUCUAAUGCGAUGUUGUAGUAUCAUUUCAAGUGGCUUUAGGUCUGCAUAGCAUGUGGAAAAAGCCAAUCUAAGAUGGUAGUACCUAGCUACUCAAGUAAGAACACCAAGCUUCGGAUACUUGAACAUAUGGUACAAAUUUUGAAGGGCAUUUGUAUAAACCUCUUUCAUGUGAAAACGUUGAUUCUGAAACACUCCUUGUACAUAAUUGCAACUUCAUUUUUCACAUGAUAUUAGCUGUCAAAUCUUAGGAAAUUGUUUAUACUCAGAAUGUGUUAGGGUUGCUCAGGCCUAUAUUAUAAUGGAUUAAGCUGUGAUCUGGGUAAGUUUUAGACUAGGCUUCUCAAUUUGGGAUUUCGGGACCCCCAAGUGUGUGAAGUUUCAUGCUAUAAAUAGAAUAAAAUGUUUAUGGUCAGUUGCGAGAUUAAUUCACUGCUAUUUCAACUCAUUCUUGAAAUCUUAAUUCAGUAUACAUUGGACCCGCUAUAUUACGGUUCAGCUUUUGCGGCUUCAUUUAGUCAUGGAUUUUUCUGUGGGAUGUAUCUCCAAAUAUUUAUUGCGGAAGAUUCACUAAUAUGCGGAUUUUUUUUUUUCGUAGAGCGGUAUUCACUAGUUACGGUAUAUUCAUGUUAUUUUCUUGACUAAAUACAUUUUUUAUGAUAAGAAAAUGAUUGACUAAUUUUCAAAUACGAAUAUUAACGUGAACACAACAAAAUAUCAAUGUGUUUUUAAUCAUGUCUAAAUAUUUCGGUACAGUCCUUAACACUGCUUUUGAAUUCCCAAUGUUUCCCCUAUUACUGUAAAACAAAACAGAAUGCCUUGACUUUCUCUCUCUCUCUCUCUCUCUCUCUCUCUCUCUCUCUCUCUCUCUCUCUCUCUCACAUGAGCACUGUGCACAUCCUUUAAUGAAAAAUGAAUUAUAACACGAAAACUCCAAGAAUUUUACAACGCAUGCGAAUAAGUGUGUGCAUGUUAAAAUGAUUUACUAAAUUUCAAAUAUUAGUAUUGAUGUAAAAGCAAAGUAUCAAUAAAUUGUUAUUUCAUUUACAGAAUACAUUUAUACUUCAUUAUUAUAUUGAUCUAUUAUCCUCGUAAUAGUAUGUAUAAAAAAAAAACCUGAUCGUCCAGCUAUUUGUAAUGUUUAUGUUCUCAGAAUCAGCUGGUGAAAUAAUUAGGAAAAUAAUUUUUCAGUUGCUAAAAGAAACAAAUGUAUUAAUGGAAUUAUUAUUUUUAAUUUUGUACAUAAAAGUAAAACGGGUAUACAAAGGUAAACUGACAUACUUUUUGUUAAAAGAGUGACAUUACAGUACUUGGAUGCUAGCCACUAAUAAUGAGUGUCAGAUGAUGUUGGUACGAAAACUGCAGUACCCAUUAGUGGGGAAAGGACAUGGGGCUUGCAGGCAUAGUGACAACCUUCUUUGUGAGCGGAAGUCAAAGUACGGUGGUAUCCAUUUCAUUGCAGAAAUGAAUGCUUGGAAUUAUAAAACAUUCUGAAACUUGAUCCAGCCCCAUAUCAGCCCCCAACAUCGGGUAAGAGAGGAGGAGUUUGGAGUUUCUUGUAAAGAGCAGUGGUUCACAAUAAGGCCUAUAGUCUGGCAGUAAUUGUUCACUUCACCAAUGGAUUAUUGGAUAUGAUCAGUGUUGGAUUUGGUUAUUCAUGGAUGAGUGACUACAAGUGAAUGCCAGGCAUCGUAAGCUUCUGUAUCCAUGACUGAAUUGCAACAUAUCUGAGGAGCUUGGUUUAAGCAAUAACGAGUCACAAGAACGCCUACAAAGUUAUCAGAUUAAGUUAUUAUUGUAAUGAAAGUGUAAUUUCAGCUACUACUUAGAGACACUUUGAAGAGUUACUGUACAGAAUCAUUAUAAUCUGUAUUUUUGGUACUUAGUAUUUUUGUAUUAUAUGUGAUAUACUAUUUACACAGCUAGGAAUUAUCUUAAAUGUGAUACAUGUCGAUCAUGUAUAGAGGGAGAUAUUAAAGGAAUGAAAAUGAUAA